AUGACUUUAUCUGAGAUGUCGUGGCGUUCAUCUUUCCGCUGCUCAAAGUUUCGCCACGUUUUCGGGAAGCCGUCCACCAAGGAGCACAGCUAUGACGGGGUGCCAAUCACACGCAGCGUCCACGACAACCACUACUGCUCAGCCAAUCCCUGCUUCAUCGCCGUGGUGACCGAGUGCGCCGGGGGCGGGUCCUUUUUAGUCCUACCCAUCCAUCAUACGGGCAGGGUGGACCCUCAGCACCCGAGGGUGUGCGGUCACAGUGGCAGGGUCCUGGACGUCAAGUGGAAUCCGUUUGACGAUCACUGCAUCGCAUCGUGCUCAGAGGACUGCACUGUGAAGAUCUGGGACAUCCCGGUCUGCGGCGUCCAACAGAACCUCACUAAGGCCAGGAAGACUCUGAUUGGUCACUCCAGGAGGGUGGGGCUUAUUGAGUGGCAUCCGACAGCUGAGAACCUGCUGCUUAGCUCCGCCUACGACUACAAGGUCCUCCUCUGGGAUGUGUCCCAGAUGGGUGCAGUGCUCAGGUACCCGGUCCGGGUGGUUCUGAUGCCCGUCUACAACCGCUACCCAUCCGACACCCUCCUGCUUUCUGUCAGCUUUAACAGUGACGGCAGCAGGCUGGCGGUCACAUCCAAAGACAGACGGGUUCGAGUCCUGGACCCACGAACUGGAAAGAUUCUACAGGUGUCCAGCAGUAAGUCCCACAGGGCCAGUAAGGUUUUAUACAUCGGAGGGUUGAAGAUGCUUCUGUCCACUGGCAGCUCACCCUGGAACCACAGACAGAUCGUCCUCUGGGACCCUGACGACUUGUCUGAGCCUCUGUAUGAAGAAGACUUGGACGGGUCUGCAGGAGUUCUGUUUCCGUUCUACGACCCGGACACGCACAUGCUCUACUUGGCUGGAAAGGGUGACGGGAACAUCCGGUACUACGAGCUGAGCGCUGAGAAACCUUACAUCAGCUUUCUCACGGAGUACAGGUCCCUGCUGCCACAAAAAGGACUCGGGGUGAUGCCAAAGCGCGGCCUGGACGUGAGCGCCUGUGAGGUUUUCAGAUUUUACCGUCUGAUCGCCAUCAAAGACCUGGUGGAACCACUGUCAAUGAUCGUACCACGAAAAGAGUCAGGUAUCUUCCAAGAGGAUCUGUUCCCAAUGACAGCUGGAAACCAGGCGGCCAUGACGGCUCAAGAGUGGCUGUCGGGGAUCAACAGAGGCCCAGUGCUGAUGUCCCUGAAGCCUGGGACUCGAGUAGCCAACCCUUACCCAGAAACCCCUGCUGAGAAGGGGCUAGUGAGGCAGCUGAGCUCCCUGAGGUUCCAGAGGGGUCCGGCUGCUGGUGCAGUGACCGGGACAGACCUGGACUUUAUGGAAGAGGCUUUCCUUGAGGAGCAGCUGGCCUACCAGGACGCCAAAUACCCCAGAGAGGUGAGCGAUCUGUCUGGGUGGCAGCCAGAUGAGACCCAGAUCCCCCUGUGGACGUACUGCUGCACCCCGCACUGCUGUGAACCGGCAGAGAGACCGCCACCUACGACCGAGAGCGAGCUCUUGCAAGCAUUUUACAGACAGCAAGACGAGAUCAGAGGCCUGAGAGAACAACUUAAUCACAAAGAUGCGAGGAUCACGGAGCUCGAGCUGGAGAUCAAAAACACCAGAAACAACAUGAGGGCGACUUUCUGA